AUGGACAAAGAUAUAGAAUCAGCUGAUGAAGCUCAAAGAAAUAGGGAUAGUCGGAGUGGAAAUCAUUAUCAUCAGCUGGCAAGGGACACUGCUCAAGCUUUAGCUGAGCUGCAAGUUCCCGGUGCCAGUAAUGAAAUUAUAAGUGCCAAUGAAAGAGGCGGAAAUGAAUCAGAAGCUCGACAAAGAGUUCGUGAGGAAACGCAAAGGGUUGAUGAAAGAAGGAGAGCAAAUCAUUAUCAUCAGCUAGCUGAAGAUACUGCUCAACCUUUGGCCGAGCUUCAAAUCUCAUCUGCCAGCAAUUUUGACAGCGAAGCUGUUAAUAGCGUUGACGGUAGAAUCGAAAGUGAAAGUCACACAGCCCGUGACAAACAGCAAAUCCCAGCUAAGGGGAAACGAAAACCAAAAAAGCAUUACCUAGAAGUUGCGAAAGGUACGUCGGGAGCUUUAGCAGAGCUUCGCACACCUUGCACCAGUGAUGAUCUGACUUCACAACAAGAAGCUCGAUUACAAUCUCAGUUCCAAACAACUGAGUCUAUAACUUGUGAAGAGUCGUUGUCAGAGUACGAUCCAAAUGCUACUUGCGGAUCAGGCUUCUUUCGUGAUAGAAGUAAUGGAGGAGAGGAAUGGUCUUUAGGGAGUCAAAACGAAGCGACUGAAUCGUCAACCUUUCCUCGCCAGGAAUCUUUUUGUGAAUACAAUCCAGACGCAACUUGUGGGUCAACUUCUAGACCUUUAAGUAGUUACGCUGACGAAGAGAUGCAAACUGAAGGGGAAUUGAACUCGUGGGGCCAACGCGAAGCGACCGAGUCUAGUUCAUAUCAGGAAUCGUCAUCGGAAUACAAUCCAGAUGCAACUUGUGGGAUGGGGUACUGGCAACAGGCGAGUACUGGGAUGGAUUCUUUUACCGCUCAGGAAUCUCUUGCGAAAAACGGCACUGACUACUCAGGCGUUCAAUCAGACACUGAGAGACUCGGUAGUAAGGAAACUUCUUGGACUGGUGAUGUUCCUAAGCCUUUAGCUGAAAACGAUACGCAUCCCAGUGCUACUGAAGAAGAGGACGGAAAUAAGCAGAAGGACAGCUAUUUUUCUAAGCCAGAUGGAGAACCUUGCACUAAAAAACCGAAACCCAACCCGGAAAUGACCGAUCACCUUUCACUUUCCUCACAUCCGGAACAUUUCCAUGAAGAGACGAGACCUUCUUGCUGUUCCGCUCUUGCGCUCAGCCAAGGGUCGAUUUCUGAGAUGUCGUCGACAAUGUCGGAGCAGUUUAAGUCAAUGACAACAGAAGACACACAAGAGAGCGUAUUACUAAAUGAUGGAGCUCGUUCAAGGGAUACUGAGUGUCUGAGCUCAGAAUUUGAACACAUGAAUAUCGACGAGUACGAUGGCGUUGAACCAAGUACCGGUUCUUACUCUUCUGUUAACUCGCAAACAAGUGAAAACGUGGAUUCCCUUAAGAGCGCCACUCAAGAUUCACUAAAAGAUAUAGAAAAUUGCGCGUCAUAUUCGAGUGGCUUUGAGACUCAAGUUCAUAACCAGGUACCAGCACCGAUGAACGAAAACGCGGAAGUGGCUGGUGCAGUAUCCGGCGAAAGUUUGACGUCAGUAAGUAGUAUUCCCCAAGGUGCUAGACCUAAGACUAAAGUGAAGGUACCUAGAGGAAAGAAAAAUAAAACACCAAAACAAAACACCAAAAACCCUUAUAAUGAGCUUGCGAAGACGGUAUCUGCUGACUUGUCAGCUUUGAACAUAAAGAUGGAUAAUUCACGAUCUGGAAAAUCUACUGGAAACCAUCUCCGAGAUGAUUUUAGAGAUCAAGAGUUACUUGAUGGUGGUAGCUCCCAAGCUGCAGGAACAAGCAACUCUUCGGGAAACGUGUCUCGCUCAGAGUUUGGGCAGGUUAAUGCUCGACAACAGCCAAGUGAAGAACAGCUUAACAGACCUCAUGAAGGAAAUCAGAGCGAAGAUUGGUCAUUGUCAGGGGAUGGUGCACAAUUGUCGAACCAAAGAACUAACGUAGUCUCGCAGCACACGCAUGCUACCUCGCAAAACAAGGAUUUUACCUCGCAACAAACGCAAACUUCCUCGCGGCGAAGUCGUAACUCCCCAGAGGCGCGCGCUGCUGCUGAGUAUUGCAGACAACAGGUGCAAGAACAGCAGAAGUUGAUUGACAAUAUGGCACCCGAACUACAAGCCUUGGUGAUUGAAAUGAUACGGCGUGAUGAAGAAGAACUAGGGGGAGGGCACGUGCUCCGUGAUGUACCCUUUCAACCGCCUAUUCCCCCGAGGGAACAAGCUGGGACUUGCGAGCAAACCAACAGCCAGGAGGCCAGCGCCCAGGGUAGGUCACAACAGUCCGGUGGCAAAAAAUCUAAGAAGGGAAAAAAGAAGAAAGGUCAUUAUGUGGAACUCGCUGGUUUGAUAGCGCCAGAGCUGACAAAACUUAAUGGUGUGAUGAACGGGCACAGAGAAGAGCAUGAAACAACAGCUGCGAAUGGAGCAGCAGGGAUAGAUCAAAGCGAUGGGGCCAACCAAGGCGCUGUGGGUCAUUCGCCACACGAAGAAAAUGGCUCUCUUCAGGGAAUGCGUCACAAUGGUACAUAUUCAAAUUCUCCGGGGCCAUCCUAUCAAGGUGCUUGGGGAGGCUCAUCACGUGGUCAGUCACAUGUUCAAAGCUCACAACCUAAUCGACAGAGACGCGGAAACGGAAACCAUAGCAUGGGUAAGCGCCCUCGGUAAUUCUGUGGGCAUUUGUUUUGGCCAUCACUUUUUUUUCCAAACAAAAAAAAACAUUUUUUAUUUUCUAAAUGUAGUCGUUAUCAAAAUGACCCAGUAAUCGGCUUUUUAUCGGGAGAUAGGCGAAGAUAAAGCGAGAACGCACGACCUUACGGGGACGGGGAAAGGAGUAAGGCACCACGAUCUCAUGGAACAUUAGCCUGAUUUAGCAACAGAACGGGAAUGUCAGUUGACGACGGCACGGGCAAAUCAGACACCUGGCUUGACCAAUGGCAGAGCGGCAAUUAGAGCACCAAAAGUCGAGUUCAGUCCUUUGCGCGCGCUUUCCCGUCGCCAACUGACGUUCCCGUUCUGUUGCUAAAUCAGCCUAUUAUCUCAUGCUACAUCUAAAUACGUUUUCUGGUACCAACACACUUUAAAGUAAAACCCCGUCAAACGACCCCCUUGUUGAUACGACUACUCCACAAUUUUCCACUUUUUUCUAUCUCGGCCUCGCGAUAAACGAUACAAAUGCAAACCAGCCAAAGUCUAGAGAAUAUGUUGUCUAUUCUUAUCCAAGGCGGCAAAAAUUUCUUAAAUCUAUGGUUGAAAGGUUCGAAUAAAUUCUGCUGACCAGUACUCCCCAUAAAUCGCCCGCCAAGCCCAAACAUAAGCAGAGAAGUCGCAAAGUGUCUAUCGUUUUCCCAUCUAGAACCCCUCUUCUCUCGCCUUAGAAUAAUCUUCGUGCGGUUACUCUCUAUUCUCUGCGUGCAGUGCUUCUUUAACGCGUGAAAUUUCAUUGCUACUCCACGACUCAGAAACUAUGUAAACUGAUAUCAGUAGACUGGCUGUGAUGAUCGUUUCCUUUUAACGUCUUAACGUUAACAGGUUAACAUAGUAAUGUCCCGUCGUAAAUGUACCUUCAAAAGAAGCAAUCAAACAGGUGAAAAUCUCUAUCCCUCUGAGGGGAAAUCUAGUGUGACCGCAACUGAUGUCUUUUGUCUCAUUCCAGGUGGUGGUGGUGCGAAUUCUCUUGGUACCAGGAAUGGUAAGGAGAACCGAAUCCAGUCGUCUAAACAGCGGAAGUCUAAAGAGGAAGACAAAAACAAAAGCAGCUCAUCUCAAAUUGGAAACAUAGCGUCUUCUUUGCACGAGCUGAACGCUCGCCUCGAAGAACAACAACGCCAAGAGCGCGGACGACAAUCCACGAACGGAUCUGAGGCCCGAAGUUCUCAAGGGGAAGGGCCGGACGAAUCCGUGACGCAUGACACGACUUGCGCUCGGUCACACACCUCACCGGCAAAUGGUCAUAAGUAG